GUCAUUGACGAGGCGCAUGUCAUCCAGCAAUGGCAGGAUGAUUUUCGCAAGGACUAUGCGCGGGUGCAUGCUCAUCAGUGCAUCAUCACCGGCAUGGAAAUCCCCAUGGCCACCUUUUCAGCAACCAUGCCAACACACAUUCUUGAAACAGUGUAUCAUUCACUUGGAUUGGGAAGUGCACGCCCAUUCUGGGGCAUCGACCUGGGCGCUGACUGA